CUCUUCUCUAACUUUAUGAUUUUCUCUCUUCAAUGAUGAUGUUGUCACAAUGUGAAGCCCAGGGAAGCUUUUGGAUAAAAGCUUUCUUCAUCUUCUUAAUCCCAUCCUUAACCCCAUUUCUAUAAAACAAAGAAAACGAAACUUAUACGCCCACAAAAUUUCAAUUUCUGUUUUUUUUCUUAAGAAAAAUAAAUAAAGAUAAGAAUCCAUAAACCCUCCUCCUACAAUCAUUCUUUUCGUCUUUCUAAAUCCCCUACAGGUUUCGAUUCGAAUCUCAUUAUCUUUUCCCCUCAGCUCAGCUGCCAAGUUUCCCGGGAUUCUGGGAAUUUGUUUUUUUUUUCUCAUAGUUAUCCAGGAAAUUAGAACUUAGUACUUUUUUUCUUCUUUUGGUGGAGAAAGAUGUCGAUUUUGCCUAAAAGUGAAUCAAUUCACAUAAGAGAAGUUUGGGAUGAGAAUUUGGGUUGUGAAUUCGAGUUAAUUCGUGAUAUUGUUGAUGAUUAUCCCUACAUUGCUAUGGACACCGAGUUCCCCGGCAUUGUUCUACGCCCAAUAGGCAAUUUCAAGAGCAGUUUUGAUUACAAUUACCAUACAUUGAAAGCCAAUGUUGAUCUUUUGAAACUGAUUCAGUUGGGACUUACUUUCUCGGAUGCCAAAGGGAAUUUGCCUACUUGUGGAACUGAUAAGUACUGCGUUUGGCAAUUCAAUUUCCGCGAAUUCGACCGCAGUUCGGACGUGUAUGCUAAUGACUCGAUCGAGCUUUUGUCUCGGAGUGGCAUCGAUUUUCAGAAGAACAAAGAAAACGGUGUUAGUGCUCAUGACUUUAGUGAUCUGUUGAUCUCAUCUGGGAUUGUUUUGAAUGAUAAUGUUCAUUGGGUGACGUUUCAUAGCGGCUACGACUUCGGGUAUUUGCUUAAGUUGCUUACGUGCAAGAAUCUUCCCGAAACGCAAAUGGGGUUUUUUAGGUUGAUCAAGAUUUACUUCCCGAAUCUAUAUGACAUCAAGCAUCUGAUGAAGUUUUGCAAUAGCCUUCACGGUGGGUUGAACAAGCUAGCCGAGCUGUUAGAAGUGGAGAGGAUUGGGAUUUGUCACCAAGCUGGUUCAGAUAGUUUGCUUACUUGUUGUACAUUCAUGAAACUGAGAGAAAAUUUCUCUAGUGGUUCGACAGAGAAAUAUGCCGGUGUGUUAUACGGUCUUGGUGUUGAGAAUGGACAGAGUACUCUGUAAUGAUUCAACGAAAAAUUCCUUUAGCUGGUGGACUGAGAAAUAUGCUGGUUUGUUAUAUGGUUUUGGUUGUUGAGAAUUGACAGAAUACUUCUUAAAUAUCAAAGAAUUAUGAAACAAAAUCGAUUCGUUAGACUUUGCGUUCUACUUGCAAUCUACUUAUACUAUCUGUUAUCUUUACCAUC